AAAAUGAAAAAAUAUCGAACCCUAUAAAACCCCACAUAUCCUUGCCACAAACCCAAAGGAUAAAGACAGACAAUAAAAACAUUACACUCACAAAUGGCAACCAGCGACGGCCUCCCUUCAGACCAACAACGUUCCCGUUGCUGCUUCCUCGAGUGGAUGAGGCUCCAGGAGUCCGACCUCGCCGAGCUUCUCGAGGCUCUCUCUCUCCGCGACGACCCCGGAGACCGCCACCGGAGGCAGCUCAUCGGGAGGAACAUUGAGCACUUUGAGGAGUACAUCGGGAAGCGGCGCAGCCUGUCCCAGGAGGACGUGGCAGGGUUCUUCGCCCCGGCAUGGAACACUGCCAUAGAGAACUCGAUGAUGUGGCUCGCCGGCUGCCGGCCUUCCAUUUUCGUGCGGCUCGUGUACGUGCUGUGCGGGGCCGAGGUGGAGGCCAGCCUGAGCGAGUUCGUUGAAGGGGCGAGGAUGGGGAAUCUGGGGGAGCUCACGGCGAGUCAGCUCGCCGGGAUCAAUGCUUUGCAGAUUGAUCCCACCAUGCAUCUCACCAAGCAUAUAUACUGCAUGCAGGGUAGGACAAUCGGAGAAGAGGAGAAGCUGACGAGCCGGAUGGCGAGCCUGCAGGAGAAGAUCGCCGACCAGCCGAUCGUGGCGAUUGCGAGGAGGACGAACCAGGGGGUGGAGCCGGGCUCGGAAGCCGAUGCGGCGCUCGAUGAGUGCGAGAGGGAGAUGCUGGCGAUCAUGGGGGAUGCUGACAGGCUGAGGCUCAACACCCUCAAGGAGAUGGUCGGGGCGCUCACACCGCCGCAGGCAGUCGACUUCCUUGUGGCGAGCAAGAAGCUCCACCUCUGCAUCCACGAGUGGGGCAAGCGGAGGAACCACAAGCACGGCAGGGACUAGGGAAAAGCUUCAUCCCCUCCUCCGCACACUCCUGAGGUUCAAAGUCUCUCCAACAGAAUCAUGGAGCUCUCUUUUUCUUCUGGUUUUCCAUGUGUAACGUAGCGUCGAAGUAUGCAACGUUUUGGCCCCUUGCCUUAGCCCUGAGUUUUUGACUGUGUGAUACGUGAAUAAUUGGGUCUGUCGCCGCCGGCUGCCGUCGUGGCAUGGGCGGCAGGCUAACACGUUGGCUGUGGUUGGAGGAGUGUAAGAAUCGGGACUUUGGAAUUUGCUUCCUGAAAUGCGAGCGCCUGGUAGAACCGCCGCUUCCUAUAGUCAAAAACGUUUGCCAA